AUGAACGCAUUCCCCCCCGGAACCCGUGUCUUUUUCUGGCAGUCCACUGGGGAGGUGAUCUAUGCGACUGUACAGUCUUCGACCCGCCUUCAGGAUGGAACGCAAAUGCUCACUCUAAAGGCGGACGACAACAGAGUCAUGACAAUACCAGCCGCCGGAGUCACCCACGUUCCCCCUCAGCAGGGGUAA